CGUCCUCCUACCCCGCAUUCUACCCCACACUCGACACUCGCCAUGUUCAGGAGCAGCACAGUGGCAGCGCGCAACCUCGCGAAGACAUGCAGUCAGAGGCGGUUUGCAUCGACCAAGACCGUACGAGAGGUACUGGAGGAAGUCGUCCCCAAGAAGCAGCUUCAGCUCAAGCAGCUCAAAACGGAGCACAGUCAGGCCGUCCUCGGGGAAGUUCAGGUCGGACAUGUCGUAGGCGGUAUGAGGGGUCUGAAGUCCAUGCUCUGGGAGGCUUCCGUCCUGGAUCCCCUUGAGGGCAUCAGGUUCCAUGGUCUCAGCAUCGCUGAUUGCCAGAAUGUCCUGCCCGCUGCCCCAGGCGGCAAGGAAAUCAUUGCAGAGAGCAUGCUCUGGCUUCUCUUGACCGGCAAGAUCCCCACGGAAGCGGAGACGCGGCAGCUGUCUCGUCAACUCGCUGAGAAGGGAGAGCUUCCUGAGUACAUUGAGAAGCUCCUCGAUUCGCUUCCCCCGACCCUUCAUCCAAUGACGCAGCUCGGGAUGGGUGUUGCUGCCCUGAACCACGAAUCUAAGUUCCAGGCUGCAUAUGAGCGCGGCAUCAAGAAGAACGAAUACUGGCAGUACGCACUGGAAGACUCGCUGGACCUUCUUGCGAGGUUGCCCGCGCUCGCUGCCCGCAUCUACCGGAAUGUGUAUAACCCCGGGCAGCCCAUGCCAAAGGUUGACAAGGAUCUUGACCUAGUCGGGAACUACGCGAACAUGCUCGGGUUCGGAGACAACCAUGACCUCACCGAGUACUUGCGGCUUUACAUCGCGAUUCAUGGUGACCACGAGGGUGGCAAUGCCUCGGCGCACACUUCUCACCUGGUUGGAUCUACUCUCGCUGACCCCUACCUGUCGUAUGCCGCCGGCUUGUACGCGCUUGCUGGGCCGCUUCACGGGUUGGCGAACCAGGAAGUGUUGCGCUGGCAAAUGCAGAUGCAGAAGGAGCUCGGGGACAACAUCACCCACGACGCAAUCAGGGAGUCCCUCUGGAAGACCCUGAAGAGCGGGCAGGUUGUACCUGGUUAUGGCCACGGUGUCCUUAGGAACCCGGAUCCGCGUUUCAUGGCACUGCAGCAGUUCUGUGAUACUCGGCCUUCGCUGCUCCAGGAUCCCAUCGUCCAACUAGUGAAGAAGACGUACGAGGUCGCGCCCGCCGUCCUGAAGGAACAUGGAAAGACGAAGAACCCGUACCCCAACGUCGACGCAGCAUCUGGUUGCGUUCUGUACCACUACGGUCUUACGCAGUUCAAGUACUACACCGUCAUCUUCGGCGUCUCGCGAGCCCUCGGCUGUCUCACGCAAUAUGUGUGGUCCAGAGCCCUUGGCCUGCCUAUCGAGCGGCCGAAGUCGCUGUCCAUGGACGCCAUCGAGAAGUUGAUCAAGCAAUGAGCGCGUGCGGCGGCGCGCGCAGGCCUGGCCGGCACUGGCGAUCGCAGCGCCAUGCAUGGAGACCAUCUAUUCUCAGUCCGGGCCCUGUGACCGCCAUGCGCCGGCCACUCGAGCUUCGGAUGAGAGCCGUUGUGAGGGACGCAUCGGAGUUGGCUGGCUCGGAAAGGAUACCACACCUUCUAUCUUUUGACCACGACUGUGCUCUGUAAGUAGUGCUGCUGCGCGUGCGGGCGCGGGCGCGCGACCCGGGAAUGUAAGAUAGGGAUCUCGUCGCAUUGAAUCUGAUUGUACAUGAUCUUGGGUAAACUUCGAACUGCUGCCGCGAAACGCGCGAACGUCCGGAGGGGGCUAAUAAGUAGUGGUGGUGGAAGUAUAGGAAGGAUAAUCGAUGACGGGAUGCGGUACAUACUCCGAAGUCAGGAAAAUGGGAAAGACGGGAGCUCCGGAAGGCGCGACCGGGCUAACCUACCGGUGGGACUCCCGGACUCGCCUAUGAUACACGUAAGAGGACAAGAAAAGUUCACGGGAUGGGAAGGGGGGAAGCGACAACAGACCAGAUAGUGGAAGACGCAGACGGCGCACAUAUACAGGUGUCCCAGGGGAGCUCAGACACGAAGGGAAGCCAAACAGUCCAGAAAAUGAUGAAAAGAGCCUUCAUGUUGCCCAUGUCCCAAGUAGAUCAUCUCUAACUAGAACCGACGAGGAGCCUGCGCCUGCGGAGGCGGGCCCGGACGUCCUCCAGGACCCGCUGGCGGGUAGACGCCCGGAGGAUAUACGUUCGGCGGAGGCAUCCCUUGACGUGGCUGCCCGGGCCCAGGGGGGAAACCUUGUCCUGGACCUCCGGGGGGACCGUAGCCCUGUGGCGGGGGCGGUCCGCCGUACCCCGGUCCUGGUGGACCGCGGGGCAUUCCUUGAGGUGGUAUCCCCUGUGGCAUUCCCUGCGGCAUCCCCUGAGGCAUUCCUUGUGGCAUGCCCUGAGGCAUACCCUGGGGCAUACCCUGAGGCAUACCUUGAGGCAUCCCUUGGGGCAUCCCUUGAGGCAUCCCCUGCGGCGGCAUUCCCUGUGGAGCGUACCCUUGUGGUGGCGGGCCUCGAGAGCCAGGAGGAGGUUGCAUAUGGGGACCACCGCCCGGGGGCGGUGGACCGCGCUGUUGGGGGAUCGGGAUGGGAGCGGUGACUGAGCGCUGGGGUCCGUUGGGACCAGGGCCGGGAGAAGCCACACCGGGAUCGCGCAGAGCAACGGGCGUUGGCCCAGGACGCUGCUGACCAGGAGCAGGAACUGGGGGACCGCCACCAGCCGCAGAGGGGUUCUUUUCUGCCGCUUUGAUGAUUUCAUCAUCUAACAGGUUGAGAGCCGCGCAUAGAACGACCCAUUCCACGCAGUCCUCGUUCCCCUCACCCAAUGUCUGCCAGACCGCCUUCUCUUCGGGGGUCUUACCCGUGAUGCUUAUCCGCGUUCCGCCUCCGUUCGGUCCUGGGGGAUUCUUUUGGAUUUUGCCGAACUCGAUCCGCUUCGGCGGGAUGUUAUGGCCGGCGUAGGCAAAGUAGAACAUGGACCAGAACUGCGCGUUCGGGUUGGGUUUCGACACCUGGAAGAGGGGAAGAUCGCCUUGGUCGGGUGAGGGAAGCGCGAGCUUGUAGAUAGGAGACAGAACGCCGGUAUUGGUGAUGGUCCAUUUCAGGUUGCGAGAGGCCUCGCAGCGGACGACUUUCGAGGAGGACGAGGAGGCGUGACCGGGAUCGGACGCGGUGGAUUUGCCGUUCGCAGCGUUCUGUCUCGGAGGAAACAGCUUGGCAACACAGAGGUCACCCUGGGGAGACGGCGUCAAGAGAUAAUUCUCCGCGUUGAAAUUGGUGUGCAGAUACGAGUAAAGAAUAUUCGUGGGCUGGCCAUGGGGGGUAACGAUGAGUGUGGGGAGGUGAUUGGGUAUAGGCGGAUG